AUGUCGUUGCAGGCAGUCAAAUUUAUAUCACCGAUACUGCAGGCGCAAAGGUUUUUGUCGUUAAAUGUUCGAUAUACACAAACUUCUACAAACACAACUUCUACGUAUAUGUCGGAUGUAAGUACAGUCACCACAAAAGAGGAAACAAAACAACAUACGGCUAGCGUACAAAAGGAAAUUGAUCAUCAUGCAAGCUUAUCUUCAACCUGGUGGGAUCUAAAUGGUCCCAUGCACGGAUUGCACAAAAUGAACGAGACAAGAGUGCCUUUCGUGCGUGACGGUUUGGUGGCCCAUGAUAACAGCGACAAGAGUUUAAUUAAUACAAGCAGGGUUUUGCAAGAUACGGAUUUAUUGGAAGUGGGUUGCGGUGGUGGCAUAUUGAUUGAAGCACUGGCAUGCAUAGGUGCCAAUUUAACGGGCAUUGACCUGGGCGCAGACGUCAUAACAACAGCACGAAAACAUUUAGAGCAACAUUUUUCGGAACUAAGCGAUCGCAUAACUUACAAAAUCGAACCAAUAGAGGUGCACGCCAAAUUAAAUCGGAAUCAUUACGAUGCUGUAAUAUGCUCGGAGGUUUUGGAACAUAUUGACGACAAGGAGGAAUUUCUUACACAUUGUAUCGAGGCCUUAAAGCCGGGGGGCUCAAUAUUCAUAACAACUUUAAAUAAAAAUAUUCCCACAUCUCCUCAUCAGACUUCUUUUUCUAGACUUCAGCAG